AAAUUCAGCCACUAGAGAGCAGUAGAGAUAGCACAAAAUUCUAUAGCCAAGCACGUGCUAUUUAAAUCCAUUGAUUGACUUAACCUUUAAAAAUAAUUUUCAUAACAACAAUUACUUAACCUCAUAAAUAAAUUUUUUUGUAUGUUAUCUAAAAUACUUUUAAAUUAUUCAAAAUACAUUAAAUUAUCAAAAAUGAGUAUUUUUACCCAAAAUUAUGAUCCCAUUACUGGAUGUUCUGUUUGGGAGGAAAAAAAUCCUGAUUAUGAUUAUCAUCAAGAAGUUGCACGUUCAGCUUUUGCUGAUAUGCUACACGAUCAUGAAAGGAAUGAAAAAUAUUAUCUUGCUUUGCAAAAAGCAAUCGCCAAAAAACAUAAGCAAGGUUUAAAAGCCAACGUUCUAGAUAUUGGUACCGGGACAGGUUUGUUAUCAAUGAUGGCAGCUAGAUGUGGUGCUGAUACAAUUGUUGCAUGUGAGGCUUUUAGACCAAUGGCUGAAUGUGCUGAAAAAAUAAUAAAAAACAACGGAUUUGAGUCGCGAAUAAAAUUAAUUAAAAAAAAAUCAACUGAAAUAAUUGUCGGCGAAACAGGAGAUAUGAAACAACGAGCAAAUAUUCUAGUUACUGAAGUAUUUGAUACCGAGUUAAUUGGUGAAGGUGCACUGCCAACAUUUAAACACGCCCAUGAACAUCUUCUAGAGAAAGAUUGCAUUGUAGUGCCCGACAGUGGGACCGUUUGGGUUCAAGUAAUCGACAGUUUAACGGUUCGUAAAUGGAAUCGCGUGAAUGAAAUAAAAGAUCCAAAGACUGGAAAGUUAUUAAUGAAACCUCCUAAAUCAGUAAAUGAAUGUGCUGGUUCUUCAGCAGUGCAUGAUAUUCAGCUGAGUCAAUUACCAAGAGAAUCUUUCGUACCAUUAUUAGCACCUCAGCCAAUUUUUAAAUUUGAUUGGUCAGGAAAAGUUCCUUUGAUAUUCAAUGAAAUAAAUACUUUGCAAUGUAAUGCUAUUGCAUGCGGUACUGCACAUGCUGUAUUUAUGUGGUGGGAUUUAAAUAUGGACGAAGAUAAAGAAAUUUUAUUGAGUUGUGCUCCAGUAUGGGAACAUCCAGACACUAAAUUAGAUAUUAAUAAAGGAUUAUCUCUAGAGGAAAUGACUGAUAAACUUCCAUGGCGGGAUCACUGGAUGCAAGCUAUUUAUUAUCUUCCAGAAGAAAUUUCAAUAAAAGUAAACGAACAAAUAACUCUCGUUGGUUAUCAUGAUGGAUAUUCAUUUUGGUUUAAUUUACCUAAAUCAAAUUAUUCUAAAUUAAAAUUUACUAAAAGUCCUGUGUGUGAUUGUUCACUACAUAUCGCUUACUCUCGAACUCGACUAGGACAAUUAAAUGACAGCGAAAGAAAUAACAAGUAUAUAAAUGCGUUGAAAAAACACAUUACUUCGGAAACUACGUGUCUUUGUAUUUCAGAUGGUUCAUUAAUUGGAAUCGCUGCUGCUAAUCUUGGUGUUAAAAAAGUUAUUUUAUUUGAACCAAAUUAUUUAUCACGGAGAUCUAUUGAAUGCUUUAUAGAAGCUAAUGAUUUAAAUAAUAAAAUUGAAAUAAUUGACUCAAUCGAACAAUUUACUUGUAAUGAUGACGAUGAUAAAUCGAAUUAUUUAAUUAUCGGCGAACCUUAUUAUGCUAAUUCUAUUUUCCCAUGGGAUAAUUUAAGAUUUUGGUAUUUAGCGUCAACUUACGGUAAUGGAAUUAAGUCCGUACCCAUAUCAGCGUCUAUUCGUGGAGUUAUUGUACAAUUUAAAGAUCUACAUCACAUUCGUGCUCCACUAGGACUUUGUGAAGGAUUUGAUAUGACAACAUUUGAUAAGCUGAUAGUAUCAUCUAGUGAAAUAAGUGAUCAUCCAGUUGAGGUUCAUCCACUAUGGGAAUAUACUGGACGUGCACUAUCAGCACCGUUUGAUGUUGCAUCUUUUAGCUUUGACCAAAACUUUGAUAGUGAAAGUAGAAAAGAAUUCUCUGGACAAGUGCCUAUACUUAAAGAAGGAUCAUGCAAUGGAAUAGCUUUGUGGGUAGAUUGGUACCUAGAUUCUGAACUGAUGGUAUCAACAGGACCAUCAAAGCCAAUAAUUGCUGGAGAAAGAAUAACCUGGGACAUGAAUAACCGGCAAGGUGUUCAUCUCUUACGAAAAAUCCAAAGUGUCACAAAACAACACUCAGUUACUUGGUUUUUCAAGUAUCAUAAUCAAGAUUACCAAUACUUUGACUUUAAAUCCUGCAUUAAAUUGCAAUGACUGUUGAACAUUGACUAAUUAAAUAAAAAAAUUGUUUUAUUAUAUACACAUUAUAAUAAAAUAUAUUAUACAUAUUAAUAAAAUUUUAUAAAAAUUAAAUUAAUUACAUACUUUUGUAAUUAUCAAUUUAUAAGUUUUAUAUUUUAAUAAAUUAUCUAAGUAUUUAA